AAAUAAUUGUUACCACUAUCACAUUAUUAUUAAAAGCUUCAGAGUUUCAUGAACAAUAUCAGAUAAUAUUUUCAUUUUUAUAAAUAGUGCCCUUUUUAUUGAAAGAGAAAACAUUCACACUGACGACAAGAAAAAAUAACUGAAAUAGCAUCAUAUUAAUCAGACUGGUAAAUAUUAAUGAUAAACUAUUAAAACUCAAAUAUCAAGAAUGGAUACAUUUAAAAAUCCACUAGAAACGGUACAACUUAUACCAAUCUUUAGUUAUUUAAACAUACUGAGUGAUUUUUUAUUUAUUGAAAAUUACCUGUCAGAAAUCGAUCAAAAUAAACAAAUCCCAAUUGUUAAUGCACUUUAUAAAUAUAUACACGACUAUGAGAAGAAUGAAUUCAAGAAAGUACAAUUAAUUAGAGAAUUAUUAAAAGGAAGCGAUCUAUAUGGAGCGAAAGACGACGAAUACGUUGAUGUUACUUUUGCUAAUGUUAUGUUUGACCACAUUAUUAGUUCUCUAGUAUUUGACAAAUAUGGAAAUAUCUAUGGCUUUUUAGCUAAUAUUUUUCGUAAAGCUGAAAACACACAAAUAGAAGAAGUAUUGAAUAGGAUAAUAUUAGAUCUUGAAAAUGCGUCCUUUGAAAAUGAAUAUGGCGAUAGUUCAAAUCUUAGUUUUCUAGCAGUAGGUAGAAUAUAUAACGACAUAAUCUUACCUCUAUUUCCUAUACCAAAAGCCAAUCUUAGUUUAUUGUCUAUUGAUUAUAUUUAUGCACAAGCUGGUUCAAUGUUUCUUCGAGGUGGUAGAAUAAAUACCAACAAUUAUAUUAAAUUCGAAAAUAAUGUUGAAAAUCCAACUGAGGAUAAUUUAUUUGACCAAUACUUAAUAACCGGUCAAGUAAUUGAAAAGUUAAUUUUAACUGAUGAGAAGAAUUUUCAAAUGUUAAAAGCUUUUGCUCUCCCUGCUCUAAUGUAUUAUAUUUUUAAUUCAGAAUAUUUUUUUGCCUAUGAAAACAUGGUAAAUGUAAUUUCAAAUUUACAUUUCUGGCAGACAGCUUAUAAACAUUUAUUUCAAUAUACUACUCAAGCUUUUAAUGACAUUAAUGUUAAGUUAAAGAAUGACUACACAUUAAAAAUACACGUGGCACUUUCUAGUUUUCAAAGUAGGAUAUCAUUGUCUAAAACUUUGAUGAAGCAACAUUUGCGUAGUUUGGAUGAAAAUGAAAGAGAAUCUCCAGAUUCAUUUUACAGGCAUUAUCCUGAAACUUUUCGUUGUGAAAUUCAACAGCGUCGUCUUGGUCAUGAUGAUUAUUUUAGGAGUCAAGUAAGUAACAUAACGGAAUUAUAUGGAACAUAUGUUUUACAAAUAGUUCAAGAGGCCUUUCCAAAAUCUCUUAUAGAAAAACUUGGCAAUAUUACGGUUAUUAUAAAAUUAUUAGUACCUAUAAAUAUAACAACAUAUGGUGAUUUUGAAGAACCGCAAAAUUUAUCUUAUGACGUUUUGGAAUUUUAUUAUCCAAAUAAUAAAAUAAGUUUCGAAUACUAUAUUUUAAAACAAGAAGAUUACAAUGCAAUAUUAACCAAAUAUACUGAUAAUGAAAAAGUCUUUACAGAAGACAUUAGGUUAUAUUUUGAAAAAUUAUUUAGUGUGUCAACACCUAUAAUUUUAAAAAGAACUGAUGAAAAUAUUACUGUCUUUUUCCAAAACUUACUAAAUUAUAAAAAAUCACGGUUUGAGUCUCAGUUAGAAAUUUUAGACGAUUGUCAAGCGGAAAAUAAAGAAAUGAAAAGUGAUUGGUGGAAAGAAUUUGGUUUAUCAUUAGUGCCAUAUUAUCCUUGUUUAUCAGAUACAUUUGGAAACAAUUAUAGAAAUAUUUGUGCAUCGUAUAACACAGUAUUUUUUUAUAAAUCUCCAAUUGACAUAUCUUCAAAAGCAAUACAAACUAAUUCACGUUCUUUUCUGUCUUCAUUAGGCACAAAUAUCAAAUCUGUGUUUUUGAAAAUUGCAAGUAGUGAAACAGUAGAUGAAAUUAUAACAAAUCGACAAAAUUAUAAAAUUUUAAUAACAAAUCUAUUAAGUAAAAACAAAUUUCUUGAAGAAAUUUGUUUACACAUAAAGGAUCCUGCAUUUCAAUUGACAUUUAUAACUAAAGACGAUGUGAGUGUACUUGAAAGAAUAAUUAAUUCAUUAAGAGAAAAAUUCGAUUUCAGUUUUACGUCAGUCAUUAAUAGUCUCUCUAAAAUAUCAACUUUAAAAUCCAACUUAUACAAAAGCGUUGGUAUUAUUGGUGAAAAGAAUUCUCGAUUAAUUUUCAUAAAUACUUUAAAUAACCAAAGUGGUUAUGGUUAUAAGUUUAUUUUUAUAUCUGACGAUGUGUCAAAAAUUGCACAGUUAAGAACAGGUUACGAAUUUAAAGAUAAAAGAUUUUUAGCACAAGGGGACAUAGAAAAUGAAAUGAAAAUGUUUAUUGCUCUUAAUAAUGUAAGUUUUAAACCUGAAUAUGUUAUGUAUGAAAUUAAUAAUCAACUUUGGCGUAGACCUAAAAAACUUUUAUUUUCUGGAAUACCAAUUCAAGCUGAUGAUUAUGAUGAGAAAUGUAAUAAUGAAAUUAGUUAUUUUAAAAAGUCGAAACUUAAUAAUCUUUGUCAAAGACAACAACGUUUUAAUGAAAAAGCUAGAUACGAAAAAGAGGCCGUAACAUUUAUUAAGAACAGUUCAAGUGUUCCUGAUGAUCGCAUACGCAAUGUACUUGGAAAAUUCACAUUUCCAGAUAAAGCAACCCUAGUGCAAUUUGUCAAUUAUUGGCUUAAAAACAAUUCCUUUGAAGAACCUAUUUGGAGUGCAAACUAUAUACUAGAAAAUCCUGAUCUUUUAAGAAAAUUAAGAUAUGACCCACGUUUUGAAGAACACAAUAUUUCAAACUUUGAUGGUGAAUUUAGAAUCAAUGCUCUUUAUUCGAAAGAAGAAAGACGUCAGAUUGAGGAAGAAGCAUCAAUAGAAAAUAUAAUUAAAAAUUACAACGAACAGAAAGCAAGGUAUUCAGUAACAUUUCAUGAUUACUAUGCGAUAAGAAAUUAUGUGACAACAGGAUACACAAGAAUAACAAGGGAUACCCAAGAAGCAAAGCUGAUGAAAAUUGCAUUAUAUAAAUUGGCUAUAAGACAGUCAGACGAUCCGGACCGGGAGUUUGACUUAAAAUUAUUUAGAUUAGAAGCUAAACCAAAUUCCAUUGCCAGAAUGUUAUCUUCUCAAUAUAACAUUAUUUUACAAAAAUUUACACAAGCUUAUCCAAAUCGAACAUCCGCUAUUAGAUUUGCUGGUUAUCCAGCACCUGAAUAUAUGAAUAUUUUGUAUGAAAUGGAUUUUAAUGGAUUAUAUGUAAGGGCAAAAAUUGAACAAUUUUAUAAUGUAAAAGAGAAAAAUGUUAUUCUUUUGCCUGGAAGUAAGUUCUUUAUCGAAGACCACGAAAUAGUGAACAUUAAAGAAUUAGGCAAGGUUUUAAAAUUAAAGCUAACGUUUCAACACACUAUUGAUGAGAAGUACAUGUGGUAUAGAAAUAUCAUGAACAAAAUCGAACAUAUUAGUUUCUAAAUAUUGUAUAUGGGCGAUUCCACGUUAAAUUUACAAUCAAAUUUUUAAUUCGGCCAAAAACAUUUUUUCUUCAUUCCUUAUUGAAAAAAAGGAUACGUAUUUUUUUUAUGGCCAAAUUUUCUCACUAUGAAUUUUUGAAAUUUUAGAUUUUCAAAAGUCGAUUUAUUUUCAAUCACAUGUAUCUUUAAAAUUAUCAACUUUAGAAAAAUUUUGCUAAUAGAAAAAAAGUUUAGUUUUUUCACGACUUUUAAAUAAUUUAAACAAAAAAAAAUUUGAAUUUUUAUAAAAAAAUAUUAGUUUUUUAUAAACAAAUUAAUGUUUUUUACAUUUGGGCCCGAUUUUUUUUUUUUUUUUAUACCUACCUGGAAGUGUUAAGAAGACUUUAGAAAAGGUUUCAGAGUGGGCCUGAUAAGUUUAAUAAGUUUAAAUAAAUAUUUAAACUCGGAUUGCAAGCUUAAUGCGCGCGCGGUGCUUUGUGAGUCUAUCUAGUUUGAAAAGAAAUUUUCUUUAAGAGGCAUUUUAUAUUUUUUUAACUUGUUACAUCUGUUUAUUACAAAACGGAUUUGUUAAAACUUUAAAUAUAAACAUAUUUAAACAUUUCUAUUGUUUAUACGAUUAAUUAAAUUAUAAAAUUAUAAAAAACUAAUAUUUUUUUUAUAAAAAUUCAAAAUUUUUUUUUUGUUUAAAUUAUUUAAAAGUCGUGAAAAAACUAAACUUUUUUUCUCUUAGCAAAAUUUUUCUAAAGUUGAUAAUUUUAAAGAUACAUGUGAUUGAAAAUAAAUCGACUUUUGAAAAUCUAAAAUUUCAAAAAUUCAUAGUGAGAAAAUUUGGCCAUAAAAAAAAAUACGUAUCCUUUUUUUCAAUAAGGAAUGAAGAAAAAAUGUUUUUGGCCGAAUUAAAAAUUUGAUUGUAAAUUUAACGUGGAAUCGCCCAUAUACUGAAAUUCUAAAUCUUAAAAAAAUUAUUGUUUCUUAAACUUCAGUUGUCACAAACUGUUACAGUAUUAGUGAUGUGUUUUUUUAAAUAUUUUUUUUUCCUGGGUGUAAAACCAUUAAAAAGUAUUAUAUUUAUCAUAAAAUAAAAUUUUAUAAUGGUCUGAGCAUUUUUUUUAAUUUUCUUUUUUUGACAUCAAACUGCUGGUUCAAAAGUUUUGUUUCAUUUUUCAAAGGAUGCUAACAUUCAAAUUGUCAACACAAGA